CCUUGCUGCCUUUGGGGACAGUACGCGUUUCGUCUGCUCAGUCCUCCUCCUGCGCUGCUACAAGCACCACCAUCGCCAGUUGCAACCCAUCCCAUCCCACCAGCGCGCGCACGGACCGAGACCGGCAAUGGCGAGCUCGGCGCCUCCCUUCCUCUCCCUCCUCCUCCUCGUCCUCGUCGCUGCUGCCGCGGCGGCCUCGGCCUCGGAAGAGCGCCCGCGCGUCACCCCCACCUUGGUCCAGUGCCACCCUCCGCAGGCGCAGGCAACCGCCAACGCCAGCAGCGCCAAGAACGCCACGGCAUUCCGCGCCAACGUGAUGUCCCUCCUCGCCAAGCUUCCCUCCGCCGCGGCGCCCACGGGCUUCGCCUCCCUGCGCUCCGCCGGAGUGGUCGGACGCGACGUCGCGUUCGUCCGCGGGCUCUGCUUCGGGUACGCCACGCCGUCCCAGUGCCGCGAGUGCCUGGCCGCCGCGGCCAGGAAGCUCGCCGACGCCUGCGGCGCCCGCGGCCGGCGCGCCGGCGUCUGGACAGACGGCUGCUUCGCGUCCUACGCCGACGUGAACCCCUCCUCGCCCAGCUACGACGGCUUCCGCGCGCGCAUCAUCACCGGUGCCGACGCGCUCAUCACCAGCACCUCCUACGAGCUGCAGAGCCUCGCCGACCUGGCCUGGCGCAUGGGGCCAGUCGCGGCCACCAACGCGGGGAUGCAGGUGGCCGUGGACUGGACAGCCGCGGCGAGCGACUACAGUAAGAACAGCACGGUGCGCGUGCUGGCGCAGUGCGCGCGGGACCGCACGGCGGAGGAGUGCGCGUGGUGCGUCCAGUACUCGGCGCGGGUGGCGGAGACCUGCGCCUGGUCCUGGUGCCCCCGGCAGUCGGCGCGGGCGGGGGACACCUGCUGCUGGGGCCUCGACGCGUGGCGCGACGGCGUGGCCGGCGCCGUCGUCGGCUUCGACUGCUACCUGCGCUUCGACGUCGCCGUCGCCACCGCCACUGCGCCGGCGCGGGUGCCCCUGCUGAAAAGGAUCGGGAAGUUGAUGAACGAUCACCCUGUCCUCGCCGCGGCGUUCGGGAUAGUCGGCGGCGGGCUGGCCGUGGCAGCAUUCUACGUGCUGAUUGAGGGGAUCUGCCGCUGGAUGGAGAGCAAGAUCAGGCCCGUCAACAACGCCCCAGUUGUGCCAGUAGCAGGUACGUACAAUCUUCUCCACUCAUCUGUGCCAGGGAUUCAAGGAAGGAUGUUCUUUCUUUCUCUCAUGUUCAAAUUCUAAUUUAGCUGAGUGCAUUUGCUGGAUGUGCAUUGCAAGAGAUGGAUGAUCUGAACCUCCAACGUGUUAUGCUCUGCUCAAAUCUGAAUACAGAUGUAACUGCGUCUGAAUUGCACGUCUCCUUGCAGUUGCAGGGCCGGCGGCCGUCCGGGCGGGAGUGGAGAUGAACCCCCCGCAGCCGCAAGCCAGGGUGAUGGACUGAUGGUUUGAUUUCAGCAACCGCUCGGCGAUCGAUCUGCACUGCGGCAGCAACAUACUCCAGUAGCCAAGUCUGUAAAUAGUUAAGCAUGCGUGCACUAAGCAGCAGUAGUAGCAGCACCAGCAGUACCGACUCUCGACUCUUGAUGCUGCUGGUCUUCGGAAUCCAGACUUAAUUCGUGCUUGCAGAUCUCUUAUAUAUAGGAGUAGAAGAGAAACAUAAGUAUUAAACCUUUAAUCCUCGAUCCACCGUUGAUGCCCGUGUUACGAUAUAUGGGAGUUAUUCUCAGCUAUGAAGUUAUCAUGAACUAGUAAUAUGUGAGUUGCCAACUGUUUACAUACUGUUAUGGGCUCCAAAACUUAUCUCGGCUUUUUUCUUUCUGAACAACAAAAACUUAUCUCA